UUAUUUCCCUUGGAUUGCAUCUAAUUCCGGCACAUGUCCGAUGGACAUUCAGUUGUCGUUCUGCAGGAAUAUUGCGAAUUUAUUUGCUGAUAAUUUUUAGUGGACGUUUGCAAUAUGGCAUCAUGGGGGUCUAUUGUCAUCGGACAGGUGGUGAAGAGGGGUGUGGUUCGUACAGAUACGGUCAAAGUACGAUGUCUUCGCCUGAAGUUAGAUACCUAUCUGAACAAGUAUUUCAACAGUCGGAAACAUUACUGGGCCAUAGAGAAGGAAGAUAAAUGUGAAAUCGGUGAUAUUAUUCUGAUUGAACGUCUGCCAAAAAAGCUCACACCACUUGUCAGUCAUGAAAUCAAACAUCAUGUCUUCAAACUUGGUUCAGUAGUGGAUCCUGUCACUGGCAAGCGUUGCAGGGCAACUGAGUUUAUUGAUGAGGCCGCCAGAGAACUUGAGGUUCAACAAAUCGAAGAGACAGCAAAGCAAGCAAGCUAGUGUGUUUUCAUGUUAUCAGUGUGUUGAGUUGCAUGUCUUUGGCAAUUAAGAGUGAACAGCAGGCAUAUUUUAUGAAUAAUUAAACCAUUUAAUUGUGUGAAUAUUUAAAUGAUUUUAUGAAUGAAAGUUCUGAACUUUUUCAUCAUGCAUUAGUAGAACACUUUUUGUUAACCUGCUUUUUCAAAAACAUGCCUGACAGUUCAUCACAAAACAAGUUUUAAUACGACUUAAAGGCAUUGUCAAGUAUUUCAUGUGAUGCAUUGAAGUUCCUUCUAGUAUAAGAAGUGUACAUUCAGGAAUAAAUUUUUACUGACAGUCA